AUGGGGGCCAGGACACCUUUGUCUUCUUUUUGGGUUUCUUUCUUUGCCAAGACAGGGAUUUUGUUCCCAGGAGGCACUCCCCGGCCCAUGGGAUCUCAGCAUUCAAAGCAGCACAGGAAGCCUGGGCCCCUGAAACGGGGCCACCGAAGAGAUGGGAGAACAAGCAGAAGGAAAUACUGGAAGGAAGGAAGGGAGAUCGCUCGUGUCUUAGAUGAUGAGGGCAGCAACCUGAGACAGCAAAAGCUUGAUCGGCAGCGAGCCCUGUUGGAGCAGAAGCAGAAGAAGAAGCGUCAGGAGCCCCUGAUGGUGCAGGCCAAUGCAGAUGGGAGGCCUCGGAGCCGGCGGGCCCGGCAGUCGGAGGAGCAGGCCCCCUUGGUGGAGUCCUACCUCAGCAGUAGCAGCAGCACCAGCUACCAAGUUCAAGAGGCCGACUCACUCGCCAGUGUGCAGCUGGGAGCCGCCCAUCCCACAGCACCAGCCUCAGCCAAGAGAACCAAGGCAUCAGCCACGGCAGGGGGCCAGGGUGGGGCCUCUAGGAAGGAGAAGAAGGGAAAGCACAAAGGCACCAGCCAGCCAGCAGCACUGGCAGAAGACAAGUCUGAGGCCCAAGGUGCGGUGCAGAUCCUGACUGUGGGCCAGUCAGACCACGCCCAGGACGCAGGGGACACGGCAGCUGGUGGGGGCACUCAGCCCAGCGGGCAGGAUCUCCGUGCCACGAUGCAGAGGAAGGGCAUCUCCAGCAGCAUGAGCUUCGAAGAGGAAGAAGAGGACGAGGAUGAGAACAGCUCCAGCUCCUCCCAACUAAAUAGCAACACUCGCCCCAGCUCUGCUACUAGCAGGAAGUCCACCCGGGAGGCAGCCUCAGCCCCCAGCCCAACAGCCCCAGAUCAACCAGUGGAUAUUGAGGUCCAGGAUCUUGAGGAGUUUGCACUGAGGCCAGCCCCUCAGGGUAUCACCAUCAAAUGCCGCAUCACAAGGGACAAGAAGGGGAUGGACCGGGGCAUGUACCCCACCUACUUCCUGCACCUGGACCGCGAGGAUGGGAAGAAGGUGUUCCUUCUGGCGGGAAGGAAGAGAAAGAAGAGUAAAACUUCAAAUUACCUCAUCUCUGUGGACCCAACAGACUUGUCUCGAGGAGGGGACAGCUACAUCGGGAAACUGCGAUCCAACCUGAUGGGCACCAAGUUCACCGUUUAUGACAAUGGAGUCAACCCUCAGAAGGCAUCAUCUUCUACUCUAGAAAGUGGGACAUUGCGUCAGGAGUUGGCAGCUGUGUGCUAUGAGACAAAUGUCUUAGGCUUCAAGGGGCCUCGGAAGAUGAGUGUGAUUGUCCCGGGCAUGAACAUGGUUCACGAGAGAGUGUCUAUCCGCCCCCGCAACGAGCAUGAGACACUGCUAGCACGCUGGCAGAAUAAGAACACCGAGAGUAUCAUCGAGCUGCAAAACAAGACACCUGUGUGGAAUGACGACACCCAGUCUUACGUACUCAACUUCCAUGGGCGCGUCACACAAGCCUCCGUGAAGAACUUCCAGAUCAUCCAUGGCAAUGACCCGGACUACAUCGUGAUGCAGUUUGGCCGGGUAGCAGAGGACGUAUUCACCAUGGAUUACAACUACCCGCUGUGUGCGCUGCAGGCCUUUGCCAUUGCCCUCUCCAGCUUUGACGGCAAGCUGGCCUGUGAGUAG